AUGUCCACCUCCACUUCUCCCCCGCCGGAACUCAAGGAUGAGAUUCAGGUUAUAGAGAAGAAGGCUGUCAACCAGACCAUUCAGCAGAUUCGCUCGCUGGCGGCAGGUGCCGCCGGUGGUCUCUGCGCGGUUGUGGUGGGACACCCUUUCGACCUGGUCAAGGUGCGCCUGCAGACGGCGGAGAAGGGUGUUUACGCGGGCGCCAUGGACGUCGUGCGCAAGACCGUGGCCCGUGAGGGUCUCGCUCGGGGGUUGUAUGCCGGUGUCUCUGCCCCGCUCGUGGGUGUUACUCCGAUGUUCGCCGUUAGCUUUUGGGGCUACGACUUGGGCAAGACCCUCGUGAACAAGACCACCACCGUCCCUGUGAAGAACGACACCCCGCAGUAUUCCAUUGCACAGAUCUCCGCGGCCGGUUUCUUCUCAGCCAUUCCCAUGACCCUGAUUACCGCCCCCUUUGAACGUGUCAAGGUUCUCCUGCAAAUCCAGGGCCAAAAAACCCUAGCUCCGGGUGAGAAGCCCAAGUACUCCGGCGGUAUGGACGUCGUGCGCCAGCUGUAUAAGGAGGGUGGUAUUCGCAGCGUGUUCCGCGGCAGCGCCAUGACGCUGGCCCGUGAUGGCCCUGGAUCGGCCGCCUACUUUGCCGCCUACGAGUAUAUUAAGCGUUCGCUGACCCCCAAGGAUGCGGAGGGCAACGUCACCGGCGAGCUGUCCCUCACCGCUGUGCUGACUGCCGGUGGCGCCGCCGGUAUUGCCAUGUGGAUCCCCGUCUUCCCCAUCGACACCAUCAAGUCCCGCCUGCAGAGUGCACCGGGCAAGCCCACUAUCGGCGGCACCAUCAGCGCGGUGUAUGGCAGCGGCGGCUUCAAGGCCUUCUUCCCUGGCUUCGGACCGGCUCUGUGCCGUGCCGUGCCUGCCAAUGCGGCGACCUUCCUGGGUGUCGAGCUCGCUCACAAGUUCAUGAAGAAGAUCUUCAACGACUAA